AUGGCCAGAUUUCAAUCGUCAAUCUUCCGCCUGCCGCUGCUGUCAUCUCCACCUUCGUCCGGUGAAGCUGAAGCAGAGGGCAUUGCAGACGGCGAAAAGCAAGCCGGCGUUUGUGCCCAAAACAAUCUCCUAAUUUCCCUUCCGGAAGAUCUGCUCUUGAAGAUCAUGUUGAGCCUUUCUGCUGAAGACAUUUUGUUGAGUAUAUUUUUGGGCAUGUGGGCAAGUCUCGUCUGCCGGAGGUUGUACUACCACACGAUCCGCUCCGAAGAAUUCGUAAACCUCCACCUCCGGCAGCAAACUGACGAAUACGGCUUAUUGUUCAAAUUCAUUAAUGUUGAUCAACAUUCCUCCCAACGCAAGAAAACCGCAAUGGCGAAAUUUUCAUCAUCAAUCUUCCGCCGCCCUUGGUCGGCCGAAAUUGAAGCUGAGGACGAGAAGCAAGCAGUCCCUUGUGCCCAAAACAAUCUCCUAAUUUCCCUUCCCGAUGAUCUGCUCUUCAAGAUCCUGUUUAACCUCUCUGCUCAAGACAUUUACACGGCAAGUCUCGCCUGCCGGAGCUUGUACUGCCGCACGAUCCUCUCCGACAAAUUCGUAAACCUCCAUCUCCAAAAAACUGACGAAUACGGCCUCUUCUUCCGAUAUGCCCCAACAUAUGAUUAUCAACAUCUCUCUCAGCACGCGGUUUUCGUGUCUAUGAAACAGGGCCGUGUCACGGUAUCCAACUACUACGCGUACAAAUUCAGAUAUGGGUUAGAGACUAGCUGCAACGACCACAUCAUCGAGGACACCGAAGCCUUGCCCCAAGUCCACGUGGCCAACCCUGUCACGGGACGAACCUUCCAACUCCCUCCGCUCCCCGAAAAUGCAGAGCGUAUAUGUUAUUCCGUGGGAUACGCGGAGGCCUCAAAGGCGUACAAGGUGGCCUUGUUAUACAGUGAUUGGAGAAGCAGCGCGAGGUGGAGAAAGGGCGCGAGGUGGGCCAUGUUGACCGUGGGUGUCGACAAGUCAUGGAGGUAUCUAGUAACCGACCAUAUGACUGAGUAUACCAUCGGCAGCGUGUUGGUGACAGAGGGUUUUAUUCAUUCGAUUUCUUAUUCGAUUUAUGGGUACACUGUCCUCACGCUGAAUGUGGAGACGGAGGUUGUGAUGGAGAUGCGGGCCCCAUUCCCCGUGGAUAGUCUCAGUCUCAUGUACUGGUACCUGUCAACGGGGAAGUCCCUCACUGUAGUGCAUCAAGUUGAGAAUGGCGUGUUUCGAGUUUGGGAGAUGGUGUUGGGGGAGUAUUAUUCUUAUUAUUGGAGGGAAUGGGAACGUCAGAUUGUGUUGGGAAGUGAAUUUCAUGAUUUGUUUCAUAUUCAGCCGGUCGGUUGGUUGCAGCAGAUGGAGGUGUUGGUGUUCAAAGGAUCGUCCAGAAACGAGCCUUGCUUUUUUUUCUACGUGGUUAUUGCUACCGGGGAAUUUGGAUGGAUCAACCCCAUAUCAAGUAACAAAGAAUGGUUGGCCGGGGAAUUUUAUACGAUUCUUGGCUCAGUUUUGCCUCACAAAACACCUUUGUCAACCCAUUUACUGUCUUAA